AUGUCUUACGACACGACUGUAGAGGACGCGCUGAGCGUCGAAAGCGUAACGAUACCGGACAGUGUUUGCGAGAAGGUCGGUGAAGCUCUGCCCGAUAUUGCAGGUGUUGGUGUCAUGGUAUCCUUCGCUGGCCAAGCUUUCCUAUCACUAGCCAUCACUAUCUGGGUCUUCUUCCUAGCACGGCAUGGGCACCUAGAUCUCGAUGGAUUCGAAGGAACAGUAGAGUACUGGCGGCGGAAAAAGAGACUGGAGAUAUUCUCCAAAAUGCUCCGGGUUGGAAAUGAUGUGCAGAUGCUGCUAGGAAUAGCAUAUAUGAUCACGGUGUGGGCCAAGCAGGACAAGAUAGGGGUCUAUCAUCUGAGACUUGCCUUUGACACUGUCAGCUUCGUGGGAGUAUCCGGCAUUGUCGCUUUUGUCUGGACGAGGUUUUGCCAAGCCAAGCUCAACAAGUCGCCGCGUCGAUUGUCCCUCCAGUACUUGUCUGUCUACCUUUACGCAGCAUUUUUCUUCGCCCUGACAAUCGUCACGCUUUCGCAUAUGCUCCAAUGGAACGAGCACUCGGAGUCACUGGGCUACUGCUAUGAAACCAAGGGUUCUGCAGAUGCAGGUGCUGAACAGCCAGGCACGGAAAUAACAUAUGUUCUUAUCACAGGAUUUGCACUCCUGAUUACCAUGAUCGGUGCCAUUUUCUCUGGCCCUAAGCUCAGAUUCCCCUUGGUCAUCCUUGCGGUCCUACACUUUGGGGUUCACCUAUAUUUCAUGGUGGUGGUGAGAGAAGCAAACCAGAAACUGCUAGAGGGUGUUGAGCGGGAAGAUCGGUGGGAUUUUGGACAGUCAACGGCCAUGUUGCUGCUAGGCCUCGCAAUCCUCGAAGUUAUUAAGAAGUCAGUGAUGUACUGGCAAUGGAACCACACGUCGGACGAAAUGAUUUUGGAAGAGGGUAAAUUAUCUCAGUUUGAUUAUUAG